ACCUUGGGUGAAGAUCAGAAGCUGUGUAGAAACGAACACCAACAAACUGCCAGGUUGUCUGCAGGGAUUCCAUUUGAGGGCAGUGGGGGCCCUCAGCUAGAGAAGCCAGCUUGUUAGUGAAGCCAACACCGUUGGGUCCAAUGCAGACGUGACAUUCGAGAGGCUGUGUUGCUCCAUUGCUAAAAUGAGGGGAGAAAAGGACGGGGGGAAGGGGACACCCAUCUAGGAUUGAAUUUCCACAGAACAGCAUUCCAAAAAAAAAAAUCUGAGGCGACGCAAGAUUGUGGAGGUUCCCUGAGCAAACAACCUCUGGUGUGUAACCUGGUGAGGGUUUAGCAGGCUUGCCGGUGGGUGCACAUCGAGGACAGACUGAGACGUUUGGAAGGACACGAACAAGAGACGAACGAGCUGCUGAGCCAUAAGAAAGGAACAAUGUGAUCAUUUAUCAGCGGGUAAAUCUUUCUGUUCAACACAUUCUCCGGUGAGACAUUUGUAGCGGCCCCUAACUUUGGAUGGACCGUGGUGACCCACAGGACGCAGAUGAAAGAGGAGGUGGAAGGAAAGAGAGCGAUGCAGAAAAAGAUAAAGAGAUGAAAAACCAACUGAACCUCGAGGAAAAGGGCGAGACAGAGAAUAAAAAGAAUGAAAAAGAGAAGAGUUCAAAGGCCGUAUGCAGGAAAGGAUUACCACUGAGCGAAAGACUGGUCAUUAACGUCUCAGGGAUGCGUUAUGAAACCCAACUUCGCACCUUAUCCCAGUUCCCUAAUUCCAUGCUUGGUGACCCACGAAGGAGGUUACGCUACUUUGACCCAUUGCGAAACGAAGUCUUCCUGGACCGAAAUCGGGCCUGCUUUGAUGCGAUCCUCUACUUUUACCAGUCAGGCGGGAGGCUUCGGAGGCCCAAUAACAUCCCCUUGGACGUCUUCAUGGAUGAGCUGUUGUUCUACGAGCUAGGGGAGGACAUCAUGAGCCGCUUCAAAGAGGAUGAAGGUUUCACUAAAGAGGUGGAGAAGCCAUUGCCCUCAAACGAAACGCAGAAGAAACUGUGGAUGUUGUUUGAACACCCUGAGUCCUCAUCGGCCGCUCGGAUCAUUGCCAUUAUCAGCGUUAUGGUCAUUGUGGUGUCGAUUCUCAUCUUUUGUCUGGAAACUUUGCCGGAUUUCCGCAUUGAGAAGGAGACACGAGAGAAUUUCCACAAGCAUGACAGCCAAGCAAAGAACAUGUCAGAGAACAUGCCACCACCCCCCAGUGUUUUCAACGACCCCUUCUUCAUUGUGGAGACCGUGUGUAUCUGCUGGUUCUCUUUCGAGCUCAUCAUGCGUUUUGCCUGCUGUCCCAGCAAGAUACACUUCUUCAAGGAUGUCAUGAACAUCAUCGACUUCAGUGCCAUUUUGCCCUAUUUCGUCACUCUGGGAACGGAGCUCGCCAGGAGCAACGAAGCCAGUCCCGCCACUUCCUUGGCCAUCGUGAGGGUUAUCCGACUCGUGAGGGUCUUCAGGAUCUUCAAGCUGUCCCGUCACUCCAAAGGACUUCAGAUCCUGGGUCAGACGCUGAAGGCGAGCAUGCGUGAGCUGGGCCUUCUCAUUUUCUUCCUGUUUAUCGGCGUCAUCCUUUUCUCCAGCGCCAUCUACUUUGCCGAGGCCGACCACAACGACACGGCCUUCGUCAGCAUACCGCACGCUUUCUGGUGGGCUGUGGUCACCAUGACAACAGUGGGCUACGGUGACAUGUACCCGGAGACAGUGUGGGGUAAGCUGGUGGGCUCCAUGUGUGCCAUCGCUGGUGUGCUUACCAUUUCCCUGCCGGUGCCGGUCAUAGUCUCCAACUUUAGCUACUUCUACCACCGUGAAACGGAGUGCGAGGAUCGAAGCCGGUACGCGCACGUCACUAGCUCGACGUGGGAAGACGAGGACGAUGAGGGCGAGGAAACACAGGAGGAGAACCAGUAUCCAGAGGAGGGUUAUUACGCCAUCGGUGGGACCUAUGAUAAUUUGAAUGAAACUCUUGCUAGACCGAACAUGGAACCGAACGCUGCAUUGGUAGGAAAUGGUCAACUACGGGAACCGCUUGUCACCCAGGUGUGAACAGGAGGAUCUCCACAUGUCUUAUUGACUAAUGAGUAUCCUCAGGAUAUACACAAUUUGUACGUUUGCAUUACGGCAUCCUCUCAAAGGACAAUACUGUAACCUUGGAUUUACUUUAGACUAGUCAGUGUACAGCUUCUAUGGAUAUACUGUCAACACACAGCCAUCUCAAUACCCAGCAACACGUUAAGAGGGUCUUGCCUAGUCAAGCACGGUCUGGGGCUGCGUGAGUGCUGCCGGCGCUCCGUUGAGGUAAACAUGAAUUCCAUAAACACUCUGAAGUCAGGGGUAUUAAACUAGCGGCCCGGGGGCAUAAUCCGGCCAGGAAGUUCAAACACUUUUGCAGCAAAUUCCUAAAAACACUGGAAUGCUGUAAUUGUGAUGAUUUUUUUUGCAGACAAUCCUUAAAUAAAACAGAGUGCUCCUGUAACUCUGACAAAAUAAAACGACCAAAUUCAAAUGUCCACUGUAGAGGACCUUGGUUCUCAGGAAAAUAGUCCAGACCCCCCCGGUCCAUAGCUUUUCUGGAAAUGUGGCCCCCAAAAUAAUUUAAUUGAAUAUCCCUGCUCCAUGGUUGUUUAGGGACACAACGACUCAAGGGAGCACAUGAUCAUAACCUGUGCUUUUUGUAAAAAAAUUAAGAUGUUUUUUUUAAUUUAAAUCUAAAUCCAUCCAUCCAUUUUCUACCGCUUAUUCCCUUUCGGGGUCGCGGGGGGCACUGGCGCCUAUCUCAGCUACAAUCGGGCGGAAGGCGGGGUACACCCUGGACAAGUCGCCACCUAAUCGCAGGGCCAACACAGAUAGACAGACAACAUUCACACUCACAUUCACACACUAGGGCCAAUUUAGUGUUGCCAAUCAACCUAUCCCCAGGUGCAUGUCUUUGGAAGUGGGAGGAAGCCGGAGUACCCGGAGGGAACCCACGCAUUCAUGGGGAGAACAUGCAAACUCCACACAGAAAGAUCCCGAGCCUGGAUUUGAACCCAGGACUGCAGUACCUUCGUAUUGUGAGGCAGACGCACUAACCCCUCUGCCACCGUGAAGCCUUAAAUCUAAAUUUUGAACUAAUUUUGCUGUCAAAGUUCAAUAAUCGGGUUGUUUGAACAAAAUUAGGACUGUGUAAUAUUACCCGUAACCCUUUGCAUAUAGGCAAAUUAGGUCAUUCUUUUUGGUAGCGUAACACUUCACUGUUCACUCAGCACAGAUGUCGUACAUAACGUCUUCAAAGCUCACCUUUAGGCAUUUGCACACAUUCGGAAACCAGGGUGAGGUGAUAAAAGCAAGGUACAAAUAUGAUGCAUCUAUUUAUGGCAACAUCAGACAAAGUUUCGCUUUUGCAUUUCAUACCACAUAUUGUGGUGCGUUCAAGGACCCUUGAAUACAUGUAGAAUACAGAAUUUGCUAGUUUUUAAUCACAGGAGAGGCAUAACCCCGAUUAGAUUCACUACUAAUAAUAUAAUAGAAUGAUGAUAUAUGAUUAUUAUUAUCCACUAAUGAUUAUCAUAUGAAAAUCACAAACACUCGACAUAUUUAUCAUUUAUGAUAUAUGAUUAUUAAAACUCCCAUUUUAAAUAUUUUAUAAUGUUUGUUGGCACUAUUUAAAAAAAAAAAAAAACACAACUUUUUUAGUUGCAGAUCUGUAGGUUUAGGGUAGAGUGGUAAAUAAUAAUAAAGACCAUGUUGAGAGCCACAAAAAGCCUGAUUCCAACAUUUGGACAUGUUGACGGUGAGCUCUAUUAAUGCGAUUUAGACAAUACCUUCUUUGUGUUGACUCUUUUUCCAGUGGCUAGAACAUCUACUACAUUGCUGUACAAGAUGGACACUGACUAAUCUAAAGUUGCAUUUCAACAGCAUUUUUUGUUGCUGAAAUGUGACAUUCAGUUUUUUUAUUUUUUUAAAUACCUCCUUGCUGGAUUUUGAGAAUGUAUUUGUUUGUCCAGACACUAUGACGUCUUAUUUUGUCGUCACUUUGCAUAUUUCUAACUGGAAACACAUGAGGCUUUCUCGAUUUGCAAACACAUCGGGAUCUUUUGUAAACCAACUCUGCAUUCUCCGCAUUCUUUUGCCCAUACACAGCAUUCAUGUGAAGACAGUGAAGUUCCUGUAAAAACACACCGUCUUUCAACACUUAAUGAGAACUGAAUGACUCCUGAAUGUUUUAAUAAAUGCCAUAUUUAUUUAAUUUUC